GGCUCCCUAACUGUACGUGUACGCUGCAAAGGUACAAUGAAAUAGAUGGGAUCCAACGUAGCCACGCGUGUCCCGACUCCCCGGUAACAGAACCCAGCAGCUGACGACGCGCCUGGUUCUGACGCAAACCAUCGACGCCGGAAAUCGACGCCUAACUGCCCUAGAUAGUGUGUUCCAUAAUGAUGGCCCUCCCCGAACCCCAGAUCACGGUGCUGGCGCGGGAUCCCGCCCAGCGGCAGUUCAACAUCAACUGCAAUUCCUUUCAGCAAGAUGCCGUGGUGUCGUUCAACGGCUGGCAAUAUGCCACGUUCUUCACUUUCCUCCAAUCAGAUGAACCGCCCGUCGCCGCCUCCGCUGAGCCUCUCUAUGUCCACCUCGCCAGGAGACGGCUGCCCCGUGGCGAGUGGGAGGUGAUGGUGCUGGAUGACUAUGCCCAGACGACCGAUGAUGGACACAACACGGUCCAGAUGGGCAUCUGCCCGGGCGACGGCACUAUCCACCUGUCCUACGACCACCACUGUGAUGUCCUGAGGUACCGCUACUCUGUCCGCGGGUUGGCCACGGACCCAGAGAAGUUCGACUGGACGCCCUCCCUUUUCACACCGACGCUGGACUACCUCCCCGGCCUGCCGUCCACCCACCGGCAUUUCGGAUACGUGACCUACCCGCGCUUCGGCUUCCUGGGCGAUGACAUGUUCUGCUCCUUCCGCGACGGCAAAGCCGGGCUCGGCAACGACUACCUCUACAUCUACAGCGGCAGGACCGGUCGCUUCGACUUCGUCGGCGCCCACCUGACGGGCGUGCAGAGCAACCCGUACGUGCACGGCAUGGACUGGCGCGGCGGCCGGCUGCACGUCACCUGGGUCUACCGCGGCUUCGUGUACUACGACGGCUGGGACGAUCCGCUGGACACGAAGCAUAAGCAGCAGUCGGGGCCGAACACGAACGAGAACAACCACAACAUCUGCUACGCCUACAGCGAGGACAAGGGGUACACGUGGAAGAACGGCGCCGGAAAGGUCAUCGCGGACCUGAGGAAGGGCGAGACGAUCGCCAACGACGCCGAGGGCAUCGUGGCGUUCAAGAUCCCCAAGAACUCGGGCCUCUCGAACCAGGAGGCCCAGGCGGUCGACCAGGACGGCGGCGUGCAUGUGCUCAACCGCGACAAGAGAGAUGGCGGGGCCUCUGCGAUGUGGAAGCACUACUACAAACCACUGAACGGGGCGUGGACGCAGCGGCCAAUCCGACCCAUCAGCGGGAGGGCCCGAGGCCGGUUGGCCAUCAGCAAGACGGGCGACCUGUACGUGAUCCUCCCGGAUUUCGCGGCCUCUCGGCUGCAGAUCCUCAAGGCUUCCAAGGCGGGCGGGUACUCCAGCUACGACGAGGUCUGGACCGGACAGGGUCUGACGGGAGAGCCGCUGGUCGACUCGGCCAGGCUCGAGCACGACAACGUCUUGUCGGUGCUGGUGCUGGCCGAGGAGAAAGCGGCGCCGGGCGAGCGAAAAGUUGUCGUGCUGGACUUCCAGCUUUGAUGGGGGGCAGGACAGGGAGGGGCAGCCGUCGCCCAGUGGUGAUAAUGCAUGCAUUAACUGAAUAAAUGAAAGAGAAGCGGGGAUUGGGGCGUGCAACCGAAAUUCGGUGUGCGCCCAUGUAGGUAGUGUAAAGAAAUGCCAUUAUUCGGGCACAGGCGACCCGUGCCAUUCCGAGCCUGAGAAGCUGGAUAACCCCUUGACUGUGGCGCCCAUGCAGCGUGGGUGGGCUGGUGGC